GGUCUCAGCCUCACUGUUGGUGGAGAUCAUCGCGAGAAAGGCCCACCGUAGUGAUCGUUGCAAGAUAUCUCUGCUGAAAAGACGAUAGUUCCACUCAAUCGACCACGACGCGGACAAGUCGAAACUAUUUGUAAAUAGUUGCUCCACCAAGAUGGACGUGUUUAUGAAGGGUUUGUCCAAAGCCAAGGAGGGCGUGGCUGUGGCUGCAGAGAAGACCAAGGAAGGAUUUGCCGUGGCUGCCGAGAAGUCUAAAGAAGGAGUUAUGUUCGUAGGUAACAAGGCCAAAGACAGUGUCGGCUCAGUGGCUGAGGCGACCACUGGAGCGAUGGAGAAUAUUGCUGCCGCGACUGGCCUUCGUAAGAAGGAUGAAUUCCCGUCUGACAUUAACCCUGAGGAGUAUGGGCAGGAGGCCACGGAGGGCCAGUCUGAGGGAAUGCCAGAAGGAGAGACAUAUGAUGACACCCAGCAGGAGAGCCAAGACUACGAACCGGAAGCAUAAAAGCGUCAGUGAGCCACCAUUCAACCAGCAGCACAAUAAUAUUUAUAAUAAUAAAGGACAAAUGCUAUUCCAAUUAGUCUCCUGUUUAAAAAGAAACUCCCAAAAGACAAGAAUUCCCGCUGAAAAAUGUUCUUCCUUCAAGACAAAUCUUUUAUGAUUAUAUAUUGUAAAUGUAAUUAAUGUAAUGUGUUGGGUGUCGGUAUUUAUUGAGCUGUAGGAUUGUCCUUCACUGUCUCAUUUCCUUGAUUCCCUCCCAAUGAAAUGAGACCAGAAUCAGGGCUUGUGAAUGUGUAUUUUGUGUGAGUGUGUGUGUAUCUGUAUUUAGACAUGUGUAAUAGAUGUUCAUCAACUUCCAAUGAGACAUUGGGAGCUGAAAAAAGUUACAGUCCAAGUUGCAAGCAGAUAUUUACACAAUAUCCUCUUUUAAGUGUCGACAAUGCUUGUUUGUGGGGUCCUUUUUUUUCCAUUUCCUUUUGGGAUGUUUUUAAAAUAAGAGUUUGGGAUUUCUUUUUUACUUUGUAUCUUUCUAGUUGCUUGUGAAAUCGUUCCAGUAAACUCUCUUUUGGGACAUGGACAGUAUACAUGUUUGUGUGUGGGCGUGUUUGUGUGUACUGACAAUUUUACCAACUUAAAGUCAAUAUAAUGUCUUGAAAUAAUAAUGGUUGUCAUAUAAAAAUGUGCUUUAAAUUGCAGGACUUGUCAAUAAAAAGGUUUAUGUGUUAA